AUGCAAACCUAUUACAAAUUGGCAUUUUAAACUCUCAAAAAUUUUUACGAUCUCAAACUCAUCAGUGAGGUAGAGAAAACACAAAUGAAGGAGUUAAUCCUUAAUUAGAAUGUACAUUCUGAUGUGGAAAUGAAUUUGGACUAAAUUUCUAAGUUCAUUCUAUAAAAAAUUAAAAAGUUGAGACAAUCCGAUAAGAGAAUAGAUAUCAAAUAAGAUAGCUUAAUAUCCAUCGAGGAGGAAACAGAUGAAGACGACUUUCGAUGA